AUGGAACGUAUUUUCCAUCAUCGUCGAUUGGGUCAAACUAAUAUUUACUUAAUUCUUAAUUUGCUUGCAGGUCAGAGCCCACAACUUGCAACGUGCAGUGGCAAGCAUCCCAGUCCCAUCAACAAUGAAACGGUGAAUGUCGUUAAUCAAGAAUAUAGAAUUCUCGCUUUUAAGUCAUUUCAUGAGCGGCCACGGAAUGUUGAGUUAUUUAACGACGGACAAACGCUGGUCGUGCGUUUCGAAUAUGACGAAACGUUGCAUCCAACUGUGUCCGGUGGUCCACUUAAUGGGGAUUUUGAGCUUGAAAAAAUACAAUUCUAUUGGGGUCACUAUAAUAAGAACACCAUUGGCACUGAGGAUCCCAUUAGGAAUGUGUCAUUUCCAACGGAGCUGCAUGUCAUUUUCAGAAAUAUGAAAUACCAAGACUUCGACCAAGCGGCGAAUAAGAGAGAUGGAAUCGCAGUUUUAGCCUUCUUUUUUGAGAUAUUUGAAAGGGAUAACGAGGAUUAUGCUGCACUGACCAAAACGGUGAAACAAGUGGCCAAACCGAAUGCGGUUGCUAAACUUAAGAAACCCAAGGCGCUGUGGUCCUUUAUAAGUUUUAAUAUUUUCGAUUAUUAUACUUAUACAGGCUCACUGACUACUCCACCUUGCAGUGAGGAUGUGUUAUGGAUCGAUUUUCAGCGUCCGAUACAGAUGUCAUCAAAGCAGAUUGAAAGUUUUCGACAUCUCUACACUGAUGAUAACACCCGAAUGAUCUAUACCCAACGACCCGUAUUGAAGCCGCUUCGCAAUCGCACAAUCUUUGACGCAGUUUUGGUUAUCGAUCCAGAGGAUGAGGCUACCGACUUGCAUAGUGCAAUACCCUAUGUGGAUAACUUGGUUGGUGCAGCAAAUGCGCUUGACUCUGGUGGAAUUUGUUUUAUUUUUCCAUUGUUCGUGUCAAGCAUAUUUACAGGAAGGGUCUCAGCCAAGGGUUGGAAUUAGAAAUGUUUAUUGUUUAGGUACAAACUUAUCGGUGUGCUAAUACAGUUAUGUUAAGGAUCAGCCCUAGUAGCCUUCUUGAUUGAUAAUUUAAUGUUAAUAAAUACUCAAAUAAAUUAAAGAUGAUGCUGGCGUGUGGGACUUUUUUCAUGGGACUUCACAGUCCUCUGGACAAAUACAUUAAGGUCGGUAAUUUAGAUAAGCGGUUUUUCAAAAGUAGACACCGGUAGUAGAUUUAACUUACAAUCGAGACAGGAGAUAAAAGGAAUAGCGGAUUUCGAGAAUGAGCAAAUCAGGGAGAUUCUGUUUUAUGGUGAUGAAUGAAGUCCAUUAGGUCAAAUAGUACCUUCCGAAUUUGCCAGAGAAUCUGCAAUGAUGAUACCAAUGUAAGCAUUGCCAAUGGUGCACAGGGGACAUCAGGAGGUUUGUGUUGUGUUCUGACAGGCUUGUAGCAUCUUAUUCGCCCCUGAAAUACCGGCCAAAUGCCUUGUAAAUUGUGAACGACUUCUUACAAUCCGCAUCAAAGCGUAGAACCAAUGAUUACUUUCAAGGAACGCUCUUCACGGAAAAGGUAGGCCGUGGGAUUCGCUUACCAGUGCACUGAAACAAACUGAAUGUUUUUUGAGGCUACCAGCCCAAUGCGGCGUCUUCCAAGGAGAGCUUAUUGCAAUCACAGAAGCCCCCGAAUGAAUGUCUAAAUAUUUGAUACUAACUAAUCAAUCACUCGUAUAGCCAAACGGCCAUCAGAUCUAUUCAGUGCAAAAGUGCACUAAAAUUUAGAGGAACAGUAAGCAGUCACUCGGUUGAAUACAACACAGCCAUGAUCUACGUACCCCGACAUAAGAACAUCCCAGGCGACUAUGCGGCAGAUUACCUAAACAGAGGAAGGAACCAAUCUAAACUCUGUCCACUAGUCUUCCCCAAAAAACCCAGUUUACCUAAACCGGUUCACUAUCAACCAACAACUGGUAUGUUUAUGAAGCUGCGUGGUAGGAGAAUAGGAAUAAUUUUUGUUUAAAGACUUCAGUCCACCUUCAAGAAGCUGACACAAACGCCUCUUCGUCGAUUAUAAAGCAGCCUUCGAGAGCACUAAAGAGUGCUACCUCUCUACGUAGCUAUGACUGAACACAAAAAGCUCCGUCAGGAUCGGGAAGGGCCUAGGGGCACUCACAUCACUGUUUUUGGCAGAGCCAGAAGAAGAACUGGUACGAUGAGGACUGCCGUGUCGUAAUUGAAAGAAAACAGACUUUCUACCUCGCAACUUUGCGACCGACCAGAACCGAAAAGGGUAGCAAGAGGCAUUUGCAGACGAAAGAAGAUAGAGGCCAAUAUGCGUGAGUAUGAAGAGAUUGAGAAGUUGCCCGACAAGGGUAAUUGUUCGAAAAUUCUAUGAAAAUAUGCGUCGACUUACGGAUGGUCAUGUAAUACCAAUAUAUAAGCGCAAUCCAACUUUGAAAGUUUCAAUGAUGUACUCGCCGGUGGAAGCAGAGGAGGAGAAAAACCUUCAUUGUUGGAAGGAUAAAGUGGAGAAGAAUCUGACUUCACUUAACACCUCCAAUCCGUAAACAAGUAAUGAAUGAAGCGCUAUUGUUGUUAGAUCAACUAUAAUCGCUUAAGCGUUGUAUGUGCCAGUAAAAAGAACGAAAUAAAAUCGCUUAAAGAUAUUAGGAUUUUUGAAGACAUUUCUGAGAUUUAUUGCUGUAAUUGUUCUUUUAUUAUUAUUAUUAUUAUUAUUACCAUGUUAUUUAUUUUUAAGUAUUCCUU